AUGGGAGGCCAGACGUCGCGCAUGGUGCGCGAGAUCGUGGAGGACUCGACGUACAUCAUCCGCCAGACCAACCGCGCCACGUACGAGCGCAGCCGCACGGCGCACGAGGAGGUGCAGUCCAAGCUGUCGGACCUGCGGCGCCUGAACCAGGAGAUGCUGCAGUCGGCCGAGAGCGACGUGCAGCGGUCCGAGGUCUUUGAGUCGUUCCAGAGCACGGUGGGCCAGCAGAAGAAGGCGCUGGACGAGCAGGCCGAGGGCUUCGCCAAGCAGUUCGAGCUGCCCACGAGCUAUCAGAAGAUCGCGGAUGCGCACCGCGAGCAGAGGCGCGAGGCACAGCUCAAGGCGGAGCAGGCGGCCGAGGAGCUCAAGCACCCGGACAAGAGCUGA